AUGAGUGCAGACAACGGCCCUCUAUAUCUGGGCUUUGACCUUUCAACCCAGCAACUCAAGGUCACCUCGGCUAACACAAUCAACUAUCAAAAAGCCAUUGUCGUCAACACCGACCUCAAAACAGUCGCCGAGGCAAAAGUAGACUUUGACCAGGACUUUGGCGCAAAAUACGGCAUCCAAAAGGGCGUCCACGUCAAGGACCAGACCGGCGAGGUCUACGCCCCCGUCGCAUUAUGGCUGGAAUCUCUCGACCUCGUGCUGGAGCGCCUGUCCAAGGCCAUGGCGCCGUUGCCCAUGAGCAGAGUCAAGGGCAUCAGCGGCUCUGGCCAGCAGCAUGGCAGUGUUUUCUGGAACUCCCAGGCGGAAGAGCUGCUGCGGGGCUUGGACCCGGCCAAGUCUCUGGUCGAGCAGCUGGAGAAGUCGCUGGCGCAUGAGUUUGCGCCGAACUGGCAGGAUCAUAGCACGCAGAAGGAGUUGGAGGCGUUUGACGCCGAGUUGGGCGAUCGGGAGAAGUUGGCGGAGGUUACGGGAAGUGGUGCUCAUCAUAGAUUCACAGGACUUCAGAUUAUGAGGAUCAAAAGAGUCCUGCCACAAAUCUACGCAAACUCAACGAGGAUAUCACUGGUGUCUUCAUGGCUCGCCUCUGUCCUCAUGGGCGCCAUCGCCCCCCUCGAUGUCAGCGACGUCUGCGGCAUGAACCUCUGGGACAUUCCCAACCAGGCAUGGAGCGAGCGCCUGCUUGCCCUCUCAGCGGGACCCGAAGGCGCAGCCGAUCUGCGCAAGAAACUCGGCGAGCCGCGAAUGGACGGCGGAGGCUCCAUGGGCGCCAUCUCUUCGUACUUUGUCUCCAAGUACGGCUUCAGCCCGGAAUGCCAGAUUGUCUCCUUCACAGGCGAUAACCCAGCCACGAUCCUGGCUCUCCCCUUGCGCCCUCUCGACGCCAUUGUUUCUCUGGGAACAUCCACCACUUUCCUCAUGAAUACGCCUACGUAUAAGCCCGACGGCUCAUAUCACUUCUUCAACCAUCCUACAACGCCCGGCAACUACAUGUUUAUGCUUUGUUACAAGAACGGUGGGCUGGCUCGUGAAAAAGUUCGUGAUACCCUGCCUAAACCUGAAGGCGGUGCAACGGGCUGGGAGAACUUCAACAAAGCUGUGCUGGAUACGCCCCCCUUGGACGUGAGAAGCGAGAGUGACCGUGCCAAGCUUGGUCUUUAUUUCUACCUUCGAGAAACCGUACCAAACAUCCGCGCUGGAACCUGGCGCUUUACUUGCAACAAUGAUGGCAGCGACCUGAAGGAAUCAACAGAAGGUUGGUCCAAGGAAACCGACGCCCGUGCCAUUGUCGAGUCCCAAGCCCUCUCUAUGCGUCUUCGCUCCCAGAAACUCGUCUACAGCCCGCGAGACAGCCUCCCCGAACAGCCUCGCCGCAUCUACCUAGUCGGCGGUGGAUCCUUGAACCCGGCCAUCACACAAGUCCUCGGCGAGGUCCUCGGCGGAGCGGACGGCGUGUACAAGCUCGAUGUUGGAGGCAACGCAUGUGCCUUGGGAGGUGCGUAUAAGGCGCUCUGGGCGCUGGAGAGGAAGGACGGCGAGACAUUUGACGAGCUGAUUGGGAAGCGGUGGACGGAGGAGGGAUCGAUUGAAAAGGUGGAUAUUGGGUAUAGAGAGGGAACGUACCAGAAGUAUGGCAAGGUGUUGGGUGCUUUUGAAGAGAUGGAGGGUAGGUUGCUUGCGGAGGAGGAGCAUUGA